AUGGACAAGCAAGGUCAUAAGGCUUCUCGCACUGUAGAAGUCACAGUCUUAUCCGCAGAAAACCUACGCCUGGAUCGCAAAUCCGUGAAAAAAGGUACUUACGUUAUUGCCAGAGCCAGCCCUCUUAACUCCGGAUCAACCAAAGCUGAUUUUGAAGGAGGCAGCAACCCUUCAUGGAACGAGAAGCUUACCCUAGACAUUCCAUUUCAGACUCGUUUUAUAAGCCUUGAAGUGAAAUGCAAGACUAGUUCAGGUGACAGAGUUAUUGGCACAGCAAGUCUUCCAAUUUCUGACAUACUGGGAGAUUAUACGCCAGAGAAUCAUCUGCAUUUCUUGAGUUACCGUUUGAGGGACUCAAGUGGUGGAAGGAAUGGAGUCAUUAAUGUUUCGGCUAGAGUCAAGAUGCCAGUAGAUUCUGUGUGUCCGUCGGCGACGAAGAACCCAAGUGGGUAUGGGUGUUCAUCGUCUUGGCAGCAGCCUGCUCUGGGAGUCCCUGUGGGUCAUCAACAAAACUAUUACAGUGGAGUUGUGACUGGAGUUCCUGUUUGGAGUUAA